AUGGCCUUGGCGUUUCUUUCUUGUUCUUGCAGAGACCCAAAUUCCGAAGCUGGUCCGAAUCGGUUUAUUUGCCAAGGUUAUUUAUCUUCCAGUAUAGGUGACAUCUUUAAUCAUCAUUUAGAUGUCGUGAUCAUAGUCGCUUCCACGGUUUUAAAAGAAGCUUUCGGUCUAUUCUUAAUCCGUAGAGAACGUCAAAAUAAUAGCGCAUUUUCCAAUUGGUGGAGAAAACAUCGUACUAUAGGACGAAUAUUCACAUUGCUAAGCUUCGUGGAUAUAUACUCACUGGAAGUAUUGUGCUCAAAAAUUGGAGGUAGUGAAAGUUUGAAUGCUCCUUUCUCGAAUAACAUUAAAAAUUGGAUUUUUUGGAUUGGAUUUCUUGCGUUAUUGAAAAAAGAUCUCACACCAUACAUCGAUCUAUUACCGCUGCUUGCGUUAAUCUCUGCGACAGCAGUGGUAGUAUUUAAUGGAAUUUGGAGGAUUUAUCUGUCCAUAAUGUAUUGCUAUCGCAAAAUGUAUCCAAGUGAUAAAGCUACAGGAGAUGAAGAACCACCUAUCACCAUUAAUAAUGAAAAUAAUUCUUGA